ACCUCCCGCCACAAGGGGCCGGUGUUUCCGCGGGCGCGCUGGGCCCCCAGCCCGGGGAUCACGGCGGAGCGCACGUGGGUAACGGCGGCGGGGCCGGGCCGGGGGUUCUCAGCGGAGCCGGCAGCGCAGGGGCCGCCGUUCCCGUUCCUGGCCCAGGCGGGGCCCGCGGCCGCCGGGCGAUGCUUGCGGAGGAGAAGCGGAAUGAUGGGACGAAGGGCCCCGCCUGGUCCCGGCCCCGGUCGGGGCCCCGCGCCGCCCCCGAGGGCCCGGGCCGGCCGGCCCCCGCGGCAGCGGCGGGGAAGCGGCGGCGGCUGCCGGGGGACUGCGCGGCCGACCCCGGCCGGGACGGCGAGCCCGCGCGGAAGCGGCCCGGGGAGUGGAGGCAGGCCGGCAGGAGCCGGGCCGCGGCGGAGGGGAGCCCGUCCGGUGCCGCGGAGCCGCGGGGCCUAGAGCAGAACGGGCAGCGCCCAGACGGAGGUAGCGCGGCGGCGGAGCGGCGCGGGAAGCGGCCGAGCGCGGAGCCCGGGGCCCCGGGGCCGGUGUCCGGGGGCGCGGCGCGGAGGCUGAGCCGGAGGCAGCGGCGAAACAAGCAGAAGAACCAACGGCGGCAGGAGAACGAGCUGCAGGCGGGGCCCGGCGGGGAGCGGGGCGCGGGCGGGCGGGCGGCGUCGGGACCGGACACCCUGGGGCCGCCCGGCCUGGCAGCUGCUCCCUUGGAACGGUCGGCGGCCCUGCGGGCACGGAUGGAGGAGCGGCUCCUGGCCGCCCGGUUCCGCUACAUCAAUCAGCAGCUCUACACGUCCACCAGCCGGGAAGCGGCGCAGCUCUUCCAGAGCGACCCUGAAGCCUUCGAAAUCUAUCACCGUGGCUUCGCUCAGCAAGUGGGGCGCUGGCCGGAGAACCCCGUCCAUCGCAUCGUCCGCUACCUGCGGCGGCGGCCAACCUCGCUGGUGGUGGCAGAUUUUGGAUGCGGUGACUGCAAGAUAGCAACCAGCGUCAAGAACAAGGUUCAUUCCUUCGACCUGGUACCCCUCAGCCCGCUGGUCACCGUCUGCGACAUGGCCAAGGUGCCUUUGGCGGACGAGUCAGUGGACGUUGCAGUGUUCUGCCUGGCACUGAUGGGCACCAACCUGCAGGAGAUCCUGGAAGAGGCCAACCGCGUGCUGAAGCAGGGGGGUACCCUGAUGGUGGCUGAGGUGGCCAGCCGCUUUGAGGACAUCCGAGCUUUUGUGAAUGGCAUGGCUCAGCUGGGCUUCAAAAGUGUUUCCAAGGACCUCUCCAACGCCUUCUUCCACCUGCUGGAGUUCGCCAAGGCCGGCCCACCCCGCCGGCGCCCAGCGACCGGCCUGCGCCUGCGACCCUGCCUGUACAAGCGCCGCUGAGGGCGGGGACUGCCCUGCACCUACCGGUGGUGCUGAGGACGGGGCUUCCCUGCGCAGGCGUAGUUCCCAACAAAGACGCUGUUUCCGGCCCCCUCUGGCGAUCCUGGGCGGGGCGGGCCCCGCGCAGGCGCAAUUCCCAAUAAAGCGGCUGUUUCCGCCCGG